AUGUGCGGCGUGUAUCUGCGGGAUUUUCGGUGGAAAUGUAAUUAUUAUUAUUUCCCGUUGACGGGCUUUGCCGAUAAGAGGAUAAAGGUCAUUGGGCGUUGCGGCGACAGCGGACACGGGAAGUCGGGAAACAGCGGCGGCGGCGGGGAAGAAAAGAAACCCAUAAAUAAAUACGAGGAAAAAAGCCAAACUGGAAUCAAGAUGAAGGGCAGAGAGCCGGCGAAACGUGGCCCGGUCCAAUAUAUCAGCGCCUGCAAUGCGGGAUUUCAAAGCCUAGUUGAUUUAUAUCGCAAAAGUUGA